AUGAAUCCAGAGUACUUUAGCGCGCUCUUGAACGCCCUCUGUCCGGGGUUUCUCUACACCCCAACCAUUCACUGUCAUUCCGGAGAAAACAUGUUCCGAGCAACUAACUACUCGCAACCGCUCCACGACCGUUUGCUCAACCGCUUCUCACUCAAUCGCUCCUCCCUCAACCGCCUCUCACUCACCCCGCAGCUGCAAUGUCGGGACCAACCUAUACACGUCGUGGAAAUUCACUCCUUCCUCGUGGUUAUCAACUCUCUGCAAAUCAGCCCACUCCAGCGAACAGUAAGUGCGCACCCUAUCCUUGCGUUCUACAUACCCUUGCUGAUUAUGCACCCAGAGAUGGCAGUUGAGAAACAACAUAACUUCAUGGGUCCCGCGUCGAACGUGUCUAGUAAUCCGUUCCACAAACCGCGCCCUAUCGAGUCGGAGUCCGCCGAGAAGCUUGAGGCGCAGAAGGCCGACUACGAGGCCAGGAUCGCCGACAUGAGCAAAGUGUCCCAGGCCAACUUAGAGAACACUAUCAAGGACUACGAGGCAAAGCUCAGCGAAAAGGAGAAACUCCAAGAGAUUGAGAUCGAACGCGUGAGGGAUUUCAUCAAGCAUGAUUGCGUCGAGAUAAAGAAGAAAUCCGAGAUCAAGCUCAACGACCUCGCCGAGAACUACGAGGCCAAGAUUGCCUAUAUGGAGGCCGAAUCGCAGUCCAAGCUCGAGAAAACCAUCAGGAAAUACGAGGCUGAGCUCAUCGAAGAGGAAAAACACGGCGAUUGGCUGCUCCAAGAAAUGAGGAAGGGCCAUGAGACCGAAAUCGCCGAGAUCAAGGAGAAACACGCACUAGAGUCUGAAGCCGCGACCGAGGACUACGAGGCCGAUCUCGGCAGGCUCAAUCAGAGCUCCGCGAUUCUGCAACGUGCUUUCGCCGACCAGAGCUUGGAACUUGCGGAGCUCAAGGAAAUGAAGACUAAAAAACCUGAAGUUGCUGAAGGAAAAGAUACGAAGGUGCUCACUGACGAGAAGGCGAACGUCGAUGACAAGCAUGUGGACGUCAACGACAAAACCGCGAACGCCGACAAGAAGCCCGAAAUCGACGCCCUCAAAGGCACCAUCGACGCCCUCAAAGAUACCGUCGGUAUACAGAUGGUGGCUGCAGAUGAUCUCCGCGAGACCGUCAAGGACCUCCGCGAGCGUGUCGCAAAGCUCGAAGCAGAGCGUUAG